AUGGUGACGGCUCUCGGCAGCCGUUCGCCGUCGAUGGCGGUACCGAUGCCAAUCUCGACAGUGACGGAGCUGUCUUCGGCUGUACCGCCCCCUGAAAAGCAGAAACACGAGCGCGCGUCGAGCGACCCGGCGCUGCUUGAGUAUGUCUCGCCCGUCAAGAAGUUGAAGAAGUACGUCAUCGACAACAUCGAAGGUACACUUGCCGCUGCGAACUGCCAGUCUGGUGCUGACGUUGUUGCGUGCAUGUCAUGGUUGCGGGCGUUCAUUGCCAGCAACGACAUGACCGAUCCCCAGAUCCGCGGAUCGGUGCGGAUCCAGGCGCGACUCUUGUGGGCCGCCGAGGACGACACCCACAGAGCGCACUUCCUGUGCGUCUAUCUGGGCGACCAGCGAGCGCCCGAGCCACUGGCCGACCAGCAAAAGGUACCGCUGCGCUACAUCGUCGACCCGCUCAAGCAUUAA